AAAAUUAGUUGCAAUCAUGGGAGAACAAAUGAAAUUGGAAGGUCAAUUGCGUGGACACAAUGGUUGGGUCACUCAAAUUGCGGCUAGUCCAGUGUACAAAAAUAUGUUAGUUUCUUCUUCGAGAGACAAAACUAUCAUUUUGUGGCAGUUGGAUGAGUCUGGAUCUGUUUUGACAGGCAAACCGUUAAAGUCACUCCAUGGGCAUGGACAUUUUGUUUCUGAUGUUGUAAUGUCAUCUGAUGGGCAAUAUGCACUUUCUGGCUCGUGGGACAAAACUUUGCGUCUUUGGGACCUUAACACGUCUGUUUAUGCGUUUAUUUUGGCAAUUGGUCGUAGCGCUCUUGGAUUGACAGUAGAGUUCGACUGCCGUCCACAGGGAAAGGAAUUCCCCGGGGAACGGGGGAAGGUCUCCCCAUAAAGUCGCCUGUUCACUCCAUGGUUCGAAUUCCCCGCAACUCCCGUUGUCCCGUAAAAUCGAUCCAUCCGUGCCUCGAAAGAGCGCACCCUAGUUGAUAGAGAUUUUCUAUAAGUCUU